AUGCCUCCCUUCCUCUCCCUCCCCUCUCUAGCCACCCGCUGCGAAACCGCCGCCUCCGGGCUCGAAGUCUUCCGUCCCCACAUUCCUUCCCGCCUCAUCGCAUCUCUCCUCAGCGACCUCUAUGCCCUCAGUUCCGUCUUGCAAAGAAUCUCCACCCUCGCCAAUUCCCACACCUAUGGUCCGUCAUUCUGGCGAGUCGAAACCGAUCUCGAUCAAGGACGACGAGCGCUGCAGGCGACGCUAGAUGAUGUACAUGAUAUGUUUCGCAGGUCGGGGAGCGUGGAAGUGAGGGUCUGUUGGGAGGAUGCGGAGAGGGAGUGGGAGGUUGUCGAGGGGUGGGGAUUGGGCGAGAGAUUAGGAGGUUUGAGGAUGUGGUUCGAGAGUUUGGUGGCGAUUGUAGAGGGCAGGGAGGGUAGUCCGGUGGAAAGGUUGAGAGGGAGCGUGAAUAGGCUUGUCGUGAUGCAAAGGUGGAGCGGCGAGGCGUUACCCAACGCAGGGCCGCCAGCUCAUCCGCCUCGACUGGUUCACCCGCACAUCCUCUCCGAGACGAACACCUCAGUGUCUUCUUCGUCCUACUCUCAGCCAGCUCAUCGCGCUCCAUCUCCUUCACCGCCCAUACUAUACCCACCAUCGCACUCUCCUCCACCACCGCAUCACUGGACAACCCCUCUGCUGACAACCCCUUUCCCUCAAACGCCCUACCACCCGACCCAUCAAUCAGCCUCUCCUUCCCAGCUGUACGCCGCCCACAAUCCCUCCGCAAUCUCCCAUCUCCGCCGCCACGCCUUCCAUCCCACCUUAACAUUCUCCUUCGACCAACACUCCCUGACCGCAACCCUCCACCACCGCCACCACGACCACCAUGCCCAGAUUCUCGUCGAAACCCCUCACCUCACGCACCAACCCUCUACAUCCGCCCACGAAUCCCUUACGAACCUCAAACUCAUCCGCCGGGGAAGUCUGCUCCAUUUCUGCCAUUUUGAUCCCUGGGUGGACGAGAGGGGGAGGGAAGGUGAGGCGAGGUAUGAAGUCUGGGCGACGCUCAAUUUCCACUCGCAUGAGAGGAUGGUGCUUUUUUACAGUGCCUUCGUGGCGAUGAAAGCGCAGAGCCGCCUUAAUGGGACGCCGGAGUCGGUUGGGACGUCUCUGUCGGACGAGUUGCGGGAUGGCAGAGCGUUGGAAUCGGCACGACGGGGGUUCCACGGUAGUGCUACCGCGAACGUGAGGAUGGAAGCUGCAGAGGAAGGAGAAGAGGUGCUGUUUGAUGCUACGUUUGUUCGCGCGCCGAUGGAUCGCAACCGCACGGAAACGUUUCAAUGUCUCCGAUUGUUGCGGGACCUUCCGUCGGGAGUCAUGCGACUUGAGGCGACGCCGCUGAGAGGACCGAGGAGGGAUGUGCCGCUUUGGACCAAGUUCAUCGAUCCUGUAGAUGGUGGGAAUUGGAUCGAGAGGCUCCGACGGAGGGUUGGAUUGGGCUGCGGGAGGAGAGACGAUGGCGGCGUGGUUGGAUUUGUGGAUGUAGAGAGCGGCGUAUUGCCGGACGAGUGGACUGAACGAACGACUAGAGGAGGCAUCGAGCUGGAGUUCGAGGAUGAACAAGAUGCGGCCGAUCUCGCAAGGUACUACUCCUUCUACUGCAUGCCGAAUUCGACACGACCGGCCCCUGAGCUAUGGCACUGGCAACGCCAGCGAAUGAGAUAA